AAAAUAGUUAACAAAUUUUUAUUCAAUAAUAAUAAUACUUUAAAAAAUUACUUAAUAAUUUUAUAUUAAAGUGUUCAAGUUAGCCCAACAUUUUUUACAUUAUUUCAAAGCAAUAAGAUUCACAGAAUGAGCUGUUUAACUGAAGAUUAAAAAAGGGAUUAAAUGAAUCAGAUUAUUGCAGAGAGAGCAUAUUAAGCAAUUAAAGAAAUAACUCCACAAAUGGAAUAGGAUAUUAGAAAUGAAAUUAGAAUGAGAUAUGAAUAAGAGUUGCUAGAAUAUAAAAUUGCCAUGGAAGAAAAAAUAAAGCAAAACUGUUAAAAGGAGAUUGAAGAAAGAGUUGAGUUAAUGCACAAAUAGACUAUUGAAGAGUUUAAAAGAAGGAAAAAGAAUAUAGAAAUGAAAGAAAGAGAGUUGCAAAAUCAUAAAUAAAAAUUAUAAAUGCUAUUUGAACCUGAAAUACAAGCAAGAGAAGAAUAGAACUUUAAAGUUGAAAAAGAAAGAAUAAUGACAGAGUUAUUAUAGAAUAUAGACAAGAAUCAAUUGGUAAAUGAAGUUGAAACAGAAUUAAAAAAGGAUAUCAUUAAAGAGCUGAAUGUUGAAAAAGAAAGUGAGCUUAAAAGAAAAGAAACAAUAAUGAGAUUAAACUAUAAAAAAAAGUAUGAAAAUGAGAGAGCUCAUUUAGAAGAAUAGAUGAAAUAUAAUUAUGAUAAUGAGUUAUAAAAGGAACUUGAAAGUAUUUAGCUUUAACGAUAAAUGAUUUAGUCUUAAACUCAAGACAAGCAUAAUAGAAUUCAAAAUCUUUAAAAUGAAAAAAAAUAAUAAUAAUUAAUGAUAUAAAAAUCAAAGGAAAAAUUUUAGCAAAUGAUCCUUGAUUUAGAGAAGGAGUUACUUGAUUUAAAUAAAUUUAGGGAAUAAGUUUAGUAAGAGUACGCUGCUUAAGCUCCUUCAUCUACAUUUAGAAGAGGUAAUUCUAGUAGGCACACUUCUCCCUAGCAAACAAGUAAAAUUGUCAUGUCUGUGAAUUAACCUCCUUUAACUUCUACUUCAUCUUAGCAGUAACAAAUAGCUUCAAGUUUCCCAAAUUAAACAUCUCCCUCUAUGCCAGCAACAAGCACCAAAAAAAGAUAAAGCAUACAAUUUUAAUAAGACCAUGAGCAUUAAAACCCAUCUUCAAGAAAGGCCUCUCCGAAUAAUAGACUAUAAAACGGAUAUACAACCUCUUAAUCAAGUAUAAAUUAAAUUAAGUCUAAAGAAGAAGUAAGCUCAUAACAAGCUUAGAAUUAUUUAAGUGAAUAAUAAAAUACUGUCGUAGAAGACUAUCAAUUUGCAUAACCUCAUUAAAAAUUGGAUACUUUUAAUCCUUCUGAGACUUAAUUACAUACAGAAGGAGAUUUAAGAGACAGAUAUAAAAUAAGUCAAGAUUCUAUUCUAAAUACAGAACCUAAUGAAUAAUAGAAAGCUAAAGAUAUUAAGGAAAGAGUUACUAACCUGUUAGGAGAAAUACAAUAAAACUAUAACACAGACCUAAAAGAAGAUAUUUAAAAUUUUAUUAUGCAAGCAGAAAAAAAUACAUCAAUUCAAAAAAAAUUUCAAAGCCUUCCAACAUAUGUCAAUAAUCAGAAUUUUGAAAACCGAAAAUCAUUUGAGGAGUAACAACAACAAUCAAAUUAAGAAAUAUAACUAGUACAAUAGAGUGAGACAAUAUAAUAUAAGCCAUCUUUUCAUUUGUUAAGAAAAGACUCCAGUGAAACUGAAAACUCUCAGAAUUCACAUAAUCAAUAGAGUUAAGAGUAAAUACAUAAAGAAUAACCAACUAUUAGCUAAGACACAUUUAGAAAUCUUAAACAUUAGUAUGACUAGAUUAAAAAAUUGAAUGAAUAGUAAUAGCAAUAAAUAUAAGGCUUACCUACAUUUAAAACGGAGCCUAAUUCGUUAAGGUGUAAUACAGUGGGAAAUAAUUUAGAUCACUACUAUGGAAGCGAUUAAAAAUUUAAUUAAUAUUAAUAUGAAACAGAUUUCAAUAAGAGAGGAAGUUAGCAUAAUUAAAAUUAUAAAGAAUCUAUGUCUGGCGAAGAUGAAUACAAUUAAAAUAAUAUACAUAUCAAUAGGAAUUAGUAAAUGAUCACUAAUCCUUCUAAUGGAUGGUAUACCUCUCAAGAAAAUGAAUACUAAACUGAAGAAGAUUAACAUGAGGAUAGCAUACUUAACUCAAGUUCUAGUACUGUUUAGCUUUAGAAGGAAUUAAGAAAUCCAGAAAGAGUGAGACCAAAAGAAAUACAAACUGAAGAAGAAAUGAUUAACUAUAUUUUAUAAGAAAAGUCCUUCCCAAAUAAAAAGUAGUAUUACCUUUUAUGGAAAAUUAGAUCUAAAGAUUCCGAAGAAGACAAAGCAAUCAAAAAUAUAAAGCUAACUAUAGAUUGCAUACUUGAAGAGGAAAAAGAGUAUGAACCAAUAUAUGAGUAGAAAGUUAAGUAAUUUGAAAAAGAAAUUGAUUCAAAUGUAAAAAGAUUUUCAGAAGAAUCAUGGACAGAAGAUGAUUAAUAUUAAAAAGGAAGCUUAAUAAAAGAAAAAUUUGGCAAAUUAAAGUAUUUUUGGAAGCUUUGUGACACAUCAUUUAAAGAAAGGAUAUAAAUUAUAUCAAAAUUUACUUCUUUGUUCUGCAUGAUGAAUAAGCUAGAAAAAGAAAUAGAAGAUUAGGUAGAUAUUAUGGACAUUGUACGAAAUAAUCCAAUUAUUGUAAAAAUUGGCUAGCAGUUGAGAGAAAGACAAAAAAUAAGAGAGAAAAUGAUUAAUGAAUUUUGUUUGAUUAAUUAUAAGAAUCACAAGGAGGAUUUAAAAAUGGUUUAAGAAUAAAUAAACAUGCUAAAUAAUGAAUAUUAACAAUCGGAUAAAAAGGGUAAAAAAACAACACAUGCUAGACUUUCAAGAAAUAAAAACAAUCCAAAGCAGCUUUUUUGGAGAAAUAUUAAAAUUUCAGAUGUAAAUAAUUUGUUAAAAAUACUUAUUAAGCUAUUUAAAAUAAAUAUUAGAUAUUAAAAAUUGAUAAGUGGGAAGAAUUAAAAUUGUAAUAGUGCCUAAUUAAAUUAAAACUACAAGGAUUCAAAUGAACUUAUUUAUUUAUUUAUACAUUAAAUAAACUCUUUAUAUUAUUAAUUAAUUUUUAAAUUUCACUCAUUUAUGUAAAUAAUUAUCUUUCAUAUUAAUUAAAUUUCUAUUCAAAAACUAUCAAAAAAAUUUUAAUUCAUAAAAAUUUUUUUUUUUAAUGUUUAGACAGAACUUUAUAAUAGAAUGUUAGAUUAAAUUAAUUCUAAAAUAUGUUAAAUUUUCCCUAAAACAAAAAAUUUAAUUGAAUAAAAAAUAACAAACAGUUGA